AUGCAGCGAGGCCAUGGAGGCUCUUCGUUAUCGUCGUCUGAUGGCCCUUCUCCAGCUGUUCUGUCCUCUGCUGGGUCGUUGUGGUCGCGUGUGGGCCGCGAGGUCGCCAGCUGGCGCCGUGGCACUGUCUCGAUCCACGAGGUGGACGCGUGGCUACGCUUCAACCCGUACAUCCGCCGCGGCUUCCGACAUCGCUUCUUGCGCAAGCGCGAGGCCCUCGGCUCGAUCGUGCUUUACUUCCAUAACGAAACCUUCAACAUUGUGUCCCACCUGGCCAUGGCGGUGCUGCUGGUGCUGCUGCUGCUAUGGCCGCCGCGGUCGACGGCAAUGAGCAGCGGUGGUGGGGCGUCGGAAAUCUACGACGGAGCUGACGGGGGCUAUGGGCUGUACACCGCCGCCGCUUCUGCCGGCGGGCAGGGCGGCGGCGGCGCACAUUUCGGAGAACACGCAGCGGGUGCGCCGUUUCGUGGGCACCGCAGCGAAGCAGCAGAGGUGCCCUCGUGGCUACGUGGGUUGCACGGACUCGCUGCUGCAUCUGGCGCAACCGCGGCGGGCACUGACAAGGACGGCGCGCAGGGAUACGUGCCUUCCCGUGAUGAGGCUGCCUCCCCACGACAUGCGCUGAGCGACGCCGCUGCUGGUGCCGCAGCGUCUUCGCCAUCGUUUCGCGUCUUUGCCUCUCUCUCGGGAGACUCGGCAGCGCCAUCGUCGCCGGCAUGGAUCGUGUCAGGCAUCGACACCGCGCUGCCACCGCCGCCCAUGAGCGUCGCCGCCCGUCUCUCCCUCUCCCUCACACCACUGGUGUUCAGCCUCCUGCUGACGUUCGUGCUGUCGGUGCUGUAUCACACCUUCAUGCCAUGCUGCCGCUCCCGCCGCGGCUAUCAGCAGCUCCUGCAGUGCGACGUCAUGGGCGUCGUCUGCGCCAUCUCUGGCAGCGCCUACGCGUACUUCACAUGUGGGAUGCCGUGCGCCGGUGAGUAUGUUCAGGGAUGGACGGCGGCACUCAUGGUGGUAGCGACGCUGCUGUGCAUCUACGUUGUCGUGUUGGCGCCGAUGUGGGACGUGGUGGCAGAUGUGUGUGCGCUGGCGCUGCACCUGGUGCAGUGGGUUGCAGCUGUUGUCAUCGCUGCUGUGCUGGAAUUCUUGAUGGGCUGUCCGCUACCCUCUGCGCCGCCAUGCCCGCCACCGCUGCAGCGUAGCGGGCGUGAGCGUGAUCGUCAGCCGCGCCCGUCGCCACCGCCAGCGCACCACUCGCGCCAGCACCUUCUACCAGCCUGGGUGCAGCAGCAUCGACACCUAUCCUCCGCUCGACUCGGUGACCCGCCGACGACUGCCGCGACAGCGGUGGCGGCAAACACCGGCGUCGAUCCGGUACCCCUCAGCGCACUCCAGCGCGCCACCGUCGUCGGCGUCUACUGCCUCCUGCAUCUUUGUGUGUACGUGGCGCUGGUCUAUCCCAAGAGUCGCGCAGCCAUGGGCGGGUUCACGCAAGCCACGCACUACCACAACGCCUCCUACGUGUGGCUAUGCCUCGGCGGCCUCAUCAACGCCGCUCGCUUUCCUGAGGUGGUUGUGUUUCACUGGACACGACGAGCGGCGCGUCACACGCGGCGUGUGGCGGCGGCAGAGGCGGCCGCUCGGUGCGCCGAGGCGCUAGGAAGGGAUGCCGCUGUGGCGGAGAUGGAUGCACGAGGUGCACCGGCGGCUUCGUCGUCGUCGCGCGGCUCUGCGCGCCCGCUUCGUGCCUCCCCCGGCGGCGUUGCAACCGAGCUGGCAGCGCAGGCGCCCUCCGUGUUAAUCACGUCUUCGCCGCCCGCCACCGCGCCUACCUUGUGGGACCGCCUCUGCGUCCCGAAGCUGAUGGUCACCUACGUCGUCUCUGCCUCCACUCUCGACUACAUCGGCAACAGUCACAACAUCUGGCACGUGUGCACCGCACUGAGCGCCUUGUCAGCCAUCCUCGGCGUCUACCACGACUGCAUGGAGUACGACCUCGUCCAGUGCGGCUGA